AUAAUCCCCCCCCCCCCCCCCCUCCUUGUUGCAAUCCUCCUCUUCACACCACCCACCCACUCCUCCUUCUGCUUCUUUUCCUCGCAAUAAUCUUUACAGCGGGGUUACUUCACAUACAGCGUUGGAGUCAGGGCAAGGAGGCCAGCAGCAGCAGCAGCAGGCAUGUUGAUGGCUAAUCGUGUUUGGAGGAGUUUCUCUACUGGAGAGUGGGAGGUGGUCGUCGUCUUUGCUCCGACCUUGGCAUGCGCCACCAUGAGCGUUGUCUCUUGGAAUACUGGAGCUUGGUGUAAAGGUUUUGAACAGGGACGAUGAGAGUGGCUAUGGUGAUAACUUGGUAAACAAGCUGCUGCUGCUGCUGUUGUCUGGAAAGGAGUUGCGACUCGGAGGUUGAGUGUUCGGCUGCGCGUUGCGAUGGCGCGGGUCAUGGUAUCAUUCUCGCUGACUUGUCUCUGACAGCCUGUGUAACCCAGUCUAGUCUUGUUCUUGCUUCUUGCGCAUCCGCCUCGCCUCGCCUAACCUUGUAGGCUCCCCCCUAUGGCUAGACCUAGCUCUUCCCCUUGUUCUCCUUCCUCUUCGUUGCAUGACCUUCCCGAUGACGUUCUGGCGCUCAUCUCGGCUUGUAUUCACUACCGUGAUCUGCUGCACCUCAGCUUCACAUGCAAGAAGCUGCACUCGCUAUGCACCUCCUCGGACAAGCUCUGGAUGCCUCACUGCCGUAUGGCGAUGCUGCAGUCGCUACCCUCGCAGAACUCACUGCCUCACUGGCGAUCCUCAGUCGAGUCGGCUAAGGCCCUACUGCGGUUCUUAAUUGCUGUGAAACCCUUGAUGGGCAUUUGGGUGCAUCAGAAUCCGGAGCUAGGCAAUUUGGUGUAUGUCACUUGGGGGUUCGUUUCUAUUGUCGCAUGUCGUAUUAUUCCGCAGGAGCUCGGGCCUCGGGGCUUCGACACGGGCCUCCUCUGGGCUCCAGUUUUCGAAAUCCUGGCCAAUCGCGACGGCACAUUGGUCUUCUUUCUUCACGGCCGUGAGAGAGAUCAGAAUUUUCUUUAUCCUGGUCGCUUCAUGGCAGCCAACCAGGAGCCCAAUGUGUUGGUGCUGGAAGCAGAGCCACUGCUCAAUUCUACUCACCAAUUACGUGAGCUUUCGUCACUUGAUUCCGGUGGAGAGGAUUCCGGUGAAGAGGAACAAGUGAUGGUCAAGCGCAAAGGGUCCAAGGGCAAGAAGAAAGCUUCUGUUGCUGCGGAUCCAGUACCCUUCCAUCGCCUGGCAUUUGGCGAUAGGAGACGGUUAUUGGAAGAAUUAGCUCCACAAGUUCGUUUGCCGGUGCCUCCGCAGGCCGCAUAUGGACCUCUGUUUUUUUCACCCCGAGAAAGGAAGCCCUCACUGGCCAGCAACGACAGCUUUCAACUCGAGAAUGCUUUUAUGGCUGAGAGGAGGGAUGCAAUUUUGAGCGCUUAUGCUAAUUCGAUUGAACCAGGCUCGCCUUACAGGGGUGUCGAUUCUGUGGCUCUCGUGAGGAGUAUGUGUGCUGCGGCUGAAAGUCUGGAUGCCAUAGCCAAGAGAUCAUCAGCGAGCGAUAAACCUGUUCCUACGGUACAUAACCGAGGGAAUGUGAAAUGUGCUUCUCCCUCAUCUGAAGCUCAAACUGAUGGAUCGUCCAAGCGGAUUGGGUUUGCCCAAUUUGUGCGAAGCAAGCUUCAACAAAUUGUUGGCAAGAGUACAGCCCAGGACUCUCCCAAGACAAAUCCGCUCAGUACUACGGAAAUUAAGAGGCUGCAGUUUGAAGAGUUUUUGAAGCAAGGGAAGGCCGUUGGCUUACGAUUGCAAGCUACGACUUGGAGGUUAAGUUUCUACCGCGCCUGGCCGAUAAUGUACGACAAUCGGUUUGCUCUGUACAAAAUUCCGGAGCAGAAGCGAGUAGAAGGACGAGAGCAUGCGGGACUUUGGGGUGGGACGUUUGGGUGGCCUCCUGGUCGUCCAGCUCAUGCGAAACCAGGAUCACCUUUGUUCUUUCUGCUUCUUUCUUAUGAUGAAAACGAGGAGGGUCUGCACUUGAUAGCCACCAAGGUUCUUGAAGGCACACAUUAUGUGUUGCAUCCUAAUGGAUCUGCUAUGUUCACGGCAAAGAUUAACGAACCCUCUUCUGAGGAGUUCCCAUUUGACAUCAAUUCCGAAGGGUCUGUUCUUGAUAUUGUGCAGACCUGGCAGGGAGAGGGUAUUGCCAACGGCUAUGGAUUCCGCUACCCAGGAUCAAAGCCUGGUGAUUUGUUUGAAUUUCGCACUGGGGAAUUAGCGUUUGUAUGGAGAGAGUCGCGAACUGUCUUAUCCUUGCAAAGGAUAGAUCUCCAAAGUCUUCUGGAGAAAGGGGAGAAAGUGGCAGCUCUUCCACCUAUCUCCAACUUUGCAUACCUCACCAAAUCAUACUCGAAUGUGUUUGCGGGCUAUUGUGGACCCGUGGCGACUGCUGGUAGGAAACAAGUUGAACAAAUGUUAAAAGAUAUUCAAGACAUCCAAAGUAAAAAGGUCUAAGAUAUUCAACGGAAGUACUGAGAAUGUGUAUCUCUUAGUUGGGAUCAACCACAAGUGCUUCAGGAAUGUGAGUAUGCCUGAUGAGAAAUGCAGUAGGCUGAUGAUGAAGUAGCGGAGGAUUGAUGUAGCAGGAUUUUCGAGGGCAGGAAAUCACAUAACGGAUGCCGCACAAGAAAGACAAAAGGCGCUUGGGCAUGCUGCGUGUGAGAUUGGAGCCUGUGUUGUCGAAAAUUUUGGUAUGUACCAUAGUUGAUGUAAUAUACUGGCUUUUUACAACCAGCUUUUAAAAUCAAAAAUCAGAAUUGUAGUAUUAGUCUUUAUCACCUCCGUGGAAGAAGUGGAAGACAGAGAGCUGGGUGCUGUGCCUCACAACACGAAGAACCUGGGGGGGGGGGGGGGGGGUCAUGUGGUCAUCGAUGAGAACACCCUUGUAGAUUUCAGUAGCUUGGACGAAGUAUUGUGCUGGAUUUAGGGUCAGAGGUUUGGACUGCAAAAUCUAGUGCAACGAUGGGACCACCACAUCGAGAGUUUCAUGAAGCGUGUUAGGGCAACAUGCCAUUUGGAGUUGUGACUAAUUUCUGCGAAGACUGUGUAAUCCAGUGGAAGCCAAGUGCUUCUCAUUCAGCAAUAACCAGCGCCAAGCACUGCGUCGAUGCAGCCAUAUACCUGGCGAAGCACAGCAACUGACCGGUUUGGGUCUGUGAGUUUCUUUGUUUAUGAUCAGGUUUGGGACAGCUCCAGAAUUCAUGGUAGCAGAUAAACCUCGGCCCUAGUUCUGCAAUCAGAUGUGCAGCUGGCUGAUUGUUUGGCACAAGCGUCAUCGUCCCAAACCACCUGGAAGAUUUAGUCUUGUCAUCAUAAGGUUCAUUAAGUCAAUUUGGAUCUUUGUGCCGGCAAUGGAUAUGCUUCGGUUCAUGCUCUCCAUGCAGAGGUUUCAGUCCACGACUUGCGAAGUCGUGGCUCCUGGUAUAGAUAUAUGUCAUAUGACAUAUUUGUAUAUGACAUAUAAUACAUGCCUUUAUAUGUCACUUUGUAUUUUAUCCUUA